CCUGUGAAACUUGUGGCCCUGGACCAUGAAGGGGAUUUUGGGUCAUUAUUUGGAAAUCUUCUUAAUCAUUAAAGUCACACUUUGUUACAGUGUCCUGGUAUUAUGUCAAGUAAUUUGGCUUAGGUUGUUUUCCCUCUUUCCCAAAGCACAAAUCCACUUGGCUUUGUUUCAAAACCUCAGCCACAGCAGAAUGUUUAAAAAACUCACCAAAUUCCUUGUAAAUCAAAUGGAUCCAUGCAAAGAAUUGGUCCCUGUCGAGAGCAUCGCAGACAACGAGCACUUCAGGCCUCUCUAUCUACUGAUAGAAAGAAGAAAAUCAAAACGCAUAUUCCACUCAGCUCCCUACUACCAGAGGACAGGGUUCACACUGGAAGAUGUGCUGCUGCCUGGAGAAGAUGGUAAAUGCAUAGAGUCUCUCCAUCAAGAUUCCAGCCAAUUUACCCUCACAAAAACCAGGGCUGACCAAGCUGAUGGAGGUCUCAGCAUUGCUUUUGACCCUGCAAGCGUAGGGCUGCAAGGAGGUGCCUCCUUGUCCAAAGAGUUUUCCAUUACACCACAGAAGAAGAGAGUACCACUGGAAUCACUGGAGGCACUGAGAAGAGAAAGGGAAAUCAACAUGGAUCAUUCCUUCAUCCAGCAACUACAGAGAACAGACAUUAAGCUAUGUAUGGUCACUGAAAUCCUUGAAGCCUCAGAGGAGGCAGUCUACAGGGAAUCCACCAAGGCAGACGGGGGCAUCAAGGCCAAAUUUUAUGCCACGUUCUGUGCACAGGGCACCAGGGAGGACAAACAAAGCAUAGUCAUACCCAAGGGCUGCACCCUGGCCUUCAGGACCAUCGGGCUACACAUCAGAGAUGGAGCAUGGGAUCUGGAUUAUUUCCCAGCAGAACCUGUGAGAAGGGCAGCUUAUGUAGCUGAUGGUCCCUCACAAGGAAAAUUAGGAGCAGUGGUGGCAGAAGUUAAAUACUCCUGCCGAAUUUUCCCCCAGCUGUCUUCUGACCUGCUGGUCAUAGUCUUAAACACCAUCAAAGCUGGGAUGAGAGACAAGAACCUCCUGCAGGAGCUCAGACAGAAAAUGGAAGAAGUUCCUGAGCAAAAUGAUGGUUAUGAGCUGAAAACUGAGAGCCCACACUUAGAAGAUCUGUUCAGCACCUUACAGCACUCUCUAAGAGAUCGUCUCUUUCCACUGGCAGAGGGAAUCACCUACGUCCUUGAUGCUUUGCAUGAGUUAAUGGACGAUCAGCUGCUGCUGCUGCUGGAAUCCUUGGAAAGGAAGAUUGUGUCCCAACAGCUGAGGCUGGUUGAAAACCUCCUGAAUCAUGACCUGGAUAAGGGGAAGGAGACUUUCCAUGUUGACGCUGAGCUGCUCUCUUUCCCACACGAGGAGGAACAGAGGUUAACCAUGGAACUGGUGGAGCUGAGUGGAGUGCAGCUCCAGGAAGAUGGAUCAGCUCUCCUGAGGGAUCAACCCUUUGAGGCCAUGGCAGCCUUGUUUGUGGCUCUGUACGCCCUCAGCCUCCUGAGCGGCUCUGAGUAGGAGGUACCUGGCCCUGCCCAGGGAACUUCUCUACAAGGUCUUGGGAAAUCUCUGCUCUCAAGCCAGGUUUCUGUCCCAGUAUCAUCCUUGUUAAUGCUCAAGGCUGCUUUGGCUGGCAAAAUGAAAUUUAAGGCACAAAAACUUAUGGACAUUAAAGGUUGGAUGUCAAAGUGGA